AUGCCUGCUUCUCAAGUAGUUUCUUGUUGGCGAACAGGUGCCACUCAAAACAGCGGCACCCUCAGUACUGCAGUACUGCCUCCAGGGGCGACUGCUGACCUGAAGGAGAAGUUUGAAGGUUGCAAGAAGGCCUUCUCAAGGCUCGAAAAUCUCAAGAUUCAUUUGCGGAGCCACACAGGCGAAAAGCCGUAUUUGUGCCAGCAUCCGGGCUGUCAGAAGGCGUUCAGUAACUCCAGUGACCGCGCCAAGCACCAGAGGACACAUCUGGACACUAAACCUUAUGCUUGUCAGAUUCCAGGAUGCACCAAACGCUACACAGACCCAAGCUCCCUAAGAAAGCAUGUGAAGGCACAUUCUUCCAAAGAUCAGCAAGCAAGGAAAAAGCUGCGGUCCAGUGCAGAGCUCCAUCCUGACCUGCUCACAGAUUGCCUCACCGUGCAGCCCCUGCAGCCCGCCACUUCCCCACGAGAUGCUGCUGAUAGGGCGGUGGGAUGCUCCCCAGGGCCCGGGCCUGACCUCUAUCCAGCUUCAGUUUUCUCCAGCAAUCAUUCAGGCCGAAGCGGAACAGCUGCUGGGGCCAUGCCAACCCCACAUCCUGUCAGUCACCCUUCUCCGGGACAUAAUGUACAGGGGAGCUCCCGCAACCCCUCCUCCCAGUUACCUGCACCCACAGCUGCGGACGUGGGAGCUGAGAGGUUUGCACCUUCUGCCCCAUCUCCUCACCACAUCAGCCCCCGGAGAGUGCCAGCUCCUCCUUCAAUAAUGCAGAGAACACAGCCUCCCCAUACCCAGCAGCCCUCAGCAUCACACCUGAAGUCUUAUCAGCCAGAAACAAGCUCUUCUUUUCAACCAAAUGGAAUCCAUGUCCAUGGAUUUUAUGGGCAGCUGCAGACAUUCUGCCCCCCACAUUACCCUGACUCUCAGAGAACCAUGCCGCCUAGCAGCUCCUGCAGUGUGGUGCCUUCCUUCGAGGACUGCCUGGUCCCCACGUCUAUGGGCCAGGCUGGCUUUGACGUUUUCCACAGAGCCUUCUCAGCUCACUCGGGCAUUACAGUGUGUGAUCUACCUUCGGGUUCCUCAAGCCUUUUGGGGGAGUCUCUUCGCAGUGGACCUGAAGACACCACGUUCUUGCAGAUCAGCGCUGUGGAUCGCUGUCCUAGCCAGCUCUCCUCUGUCUAUACUGAAGGCUAAAAGCUCCCCUGGCCUCCACUACCACUGGCAUCCAGAAUCUUUUUGUUCCUUGCCACCUUUUCUUCUUAUACUUUCACAGACUGUAAGAAAAAGGAUGUCAAGCGAAUCAGC